AGACAAAUUGUAAAUUUUAUAGGAAAAUAUCCAACCCACACAAGUUAAGAAAGCAAAUUGAUAACUUUUUAUCAAAGAAAUAAGAAAAUAAUUCUAGUGACCACUUAACAUGGCGACUGUCCCUGUGUUAGUCUUACCGGUUUCUCUCCUCCACCGUCGACCUUCUUCUCCUCCAACAACUCUUCCAACUCUCUCUCAUAUCCACAAUUUCUUCACUCCCAUUUUCACAAGCUCCUCAACCAACAAAACAACCACAGUGCACGGUAUCAAUCCCAGUGAUUCAAGACGAGACAAUCCUCUCUUCUUGGACGAAAACAAUGCGGUGGUCGAUGACAUGGACGGUUACCUCAAUAACCUUUCCCUCGAAUACGAAUCUGUCUGGGACACCAAACCAGCUUGGUGUCAGCCAUGGACAAUAGUGUUAACAGGGUUUUCAAUUGUUGCUAUUAGCUGGUUAAUUUUUCAAUCUGUUGUUGUUACUUCAGCCAUAUCCUUACUCAUUUUUGCAUGGUGGUACAUUUUUCUUUAUUCUUAUCCUAAGGCUUAUUCAGCUAUGAUUGCUGAGCGAAGAGAAAGGAUUACAGAUGGUGUUGAAGACACGUAUGGUCGUAGGAAGUAGCGGUGAUUUGAAUUGAAUUAUUCCCACUCUUCACUUCUUUCAAACGCACAUAAAUCUCAAGGUAGUAUUUGGAGCUUCACAAGAUCAAGUUAGAAUGUGCAUUGGGACUUGAGAAGGUAGUCUUAAAUGUGUAUCCAAACAGACAAUGAGACGUGUUGACCGUGCGGAGACUGCGUAGUUUGGCAACCACCACAAAAUUUAGAUCCAUAAAUAUCACAUACUUGAUACUUUUGUUAAGCAUUGUCCAUUGGAUUUGGAUUUGUGAAAAUGAGUAUUUUUCUGUAAAUUAGCAGCA